UUCAGCCGUUGAUUUAGCAGCAAGAAGGGGAGUCUUCAGCCGACGACAUUAUGGAUCAGUUGAAUUGCUAACGACCUGCGAUCGAGAUGGAUGUACCUCAGGAAGAUUCCGAGUGGAAGACGGUGAGCGAGAUGAGAUGUCCAAUCUGGCCACCGGCACCGACAUCCACCUGGAGAACCCUGAAUAUGAGACGCGCUGGUAUUUCAAAUACUUCCUCGGCAAGAUACAUCAGAAUUACGUGGGUCUGGACGUCGACAAGCGCGUAGUGUUCCUGUCCGUCGUUCUGACAGACGCCAAUAACCACAACGUGCCCCAGUACCGAUCGAUCCUAUGGCGGACCACGGGGACCCAGAAAAUCUGCAUCCCGUACAACCCGGCCAAGCCCAUGUCAGUCAAGAGAAUACUCAGCCGGUUCGACAUCAAAAUGGACAAGUCGCCUAAAGAGAUUUUCACACCAGACAUACAGAAGGAAUUGUUGCUUCUUGAGGAGCAGGAAGGUUCGGUCAAUUUCAAAUUCGGGGUGCUCUACGCCAAAGAGGGGCAGAAAUCGGACGACGAAAUGUUCAGCAACGAGAAUGGCAGUGAGGAGUUCUAUAACUUUGUCAGACUACUGGGCGACAACAUCAAGUUAAAGAACUGGGACAAGUUCAACGGUGGUCUAGACGUCAAAAACAACACAACAGGACUUGAGGCUGUGUAUACCAUGUACGAGGGACACGAAAUCAUGUUCCAUGUCUCCACUAUGCUCCCGUACUCCAAAGACAACAGACAACAGGUUGAAAGAAAAAGGCACAUCGGCAACGACAUUGUGACCAUAGUCUUUCAGGAACAGGAAAACCCGGAAGCCGAGCCUACCUUCAAGCCGUCCAUGAUCAAAUCACAUUUCACCCAUAUAUUUGCUCUAGUAACGUUUAACAAGUCAGCUAAUUCGUACAGGUUACGGGUGUUUUCUGAGGAAUCAGUGCCUUUGUUCGGACCGCCGCUGCCUUCUCCCUCCGUUUUCGAAGACACGCAGGCGUUCAGAGACUUUCUACUCGUCAAACUUAUAAAUGGUGAGAAAGCUGCCUUCAACACGCCUACCUUUGCUAACAAGCGACAAAGAACCCUGGAGAUGCUGAUAAAAAACCUCCAACAGGAUCUACCAGAGACAAACAAGAACAUGCUGAACAAGAGAUCCUUGAGUGACGUCAUCCCGGAGCCUGUCUGGGGAUGGAGAAACAAGAAGGAGGAAGCGAGACAAGUGGAAUUUGUCCGAGUCGGUCAGUUGCUGAAACUUAAAACAAUCGUCAAGGGAGACGCUCCCACGAGUUUAGCGACAACAAGUCUCCUCAAACGAGAGCCUUGGGAACCACAAUGUAUCCAUAAUGACUUCGCACAUGAAGUACAGUGCGGAGAUUCCUGGGGCGAUCGGCUCAUAGUAGGUACGGAGGUUGGAAUAUUCUGCAUUGAAGAGGGACUUCCUCCACGCAUGCUGUUUGACCGGACAGUGACUGCCAAACAACUGAGUGUCGUCGAGGCUCACGAUCUUCUGAUCUUCAGAGCUGACAAGGGGAAGGAAAGCCGAGUGUACGUGUUCCGUCUGACCGACUUUGAAGGCGAGCCCAACGAGCUGAUCGUGCGGACCAAGAAUGACUGCAAAGACCACAAACUGGAGAGAACGAAAGGUUGCCAGCUGUACGCCUUGAGUCGGCCCGGAGGCAGCCAUCUACGGAUGGUCGUAGCAGUAGGCAAGAAGCUCCUGGUCAUGGCUUGGAAGCACAGCGCUGCGUGGACGGCGUGGUGUAUGGCGGCCGAUACCGACCCGGUGGAAGGGUUCACGUUUGUCAGGGAACUUGUUGCCUCAGAGGUACCCAACCUCAUGACACUGGUAGACGGCGGCAAGGAAGAUAACCAAAUCUGCGUAGCCUUCAGGAACCAGUUUGAUCUCAUCAAUGAAAAAAACGGAGAUACCUUCCGCCUUCAUCUCGUCGAGACCAGCAAACAGGUGAAUCUCGUAUCUGCCUUGGAUAUAUACGAAGAUGAAGAACCUGAACUUCUACUCUCGUACAACCAUGUGUCCCAGUUCAAGAAGCUCAACGGCGAGAACUCGUCAGAUUUUGACAUCCACUGGAACUCAGCACCAAAAGCCAUCGUUUGUGCCUUCCCCUACAUCCUGGCGUUCACACACGACUCCAUGGAGAUUCGCCUCGUUGUGAACGGCAACCUCGUACACACAAUGACCAUGCCACGACUCAACCUCAUAUCCUCCAAGUGCGAUCUUCACUUCACGUCUACGGGUACACCAGACUUACUGCACGGCCUACAACCCAGCCCCAGGGACCCGAUCCGACCGUUCAGUCCGCUAGCUAGUCCCACCAAUCCCAAUGCAAUUGCUCCGAUGAUGGGUUCCCCUACUCGCAUCUUCAAGAUCCCACUGAUAAGCCUCGUCGGCCAGAUGACGGAGCGGCCGGUCCAGCCUACCAACAACCGGCCUCGGUCCUUCAUCUCCCCGCUAGUCAACAUCGCCGAGACCUCCUCGGCUAACAAACCCACCAAUAGGCUGACCACCCGACCGCAGAGCGACACAGCGCUGUCUGCGUACGAGAAGAACAUGGCGAACGACAGCGGGAACGCGGAGGGCCUGGCGCCCUGGCGCACCGGGCCGCAGCUACCCCGCCCCUCUGGUGAAUACUCGGACUCGGGCUACUCGGAGUCCGAUGUGUCGUUCGAGUCCGCGGACUGCACGGACGCGCCCCGGGGUUACCCGUACGAGUCCGCACGGGUUGGGCAGGACUCGUCCGCCGAGAUGCGCCGGAAGAUGUUCAGUUGUCUCCACUCCCCGCGGCAGCAACGCCGGACCUUAUCCUCGCAGAGCGCCGACCCGGAGGCGCGGGCCGAGUUACUGGGGACCUCCAAGUCCAAAUCGCGUUCUCGAUUUGGUUCCAAUCACUCGGACUCGGUCUUCUACAGCAACUCGCGGACCCCGGGGCUCACGGACAGCCGGUCUAGCUCAGUAGCCUCCGAAACUGAUUCCUGCCGGUCUGACACGGGCACUUUGCAGUCCUGGCCCCGCUCCAUCCCUCGGUUCGGCAGUAGCGGGUCUACAACCUCGCAGUCCGAGGCCGAGAUGAGAGCAGAGCUCCUCGGCAAACUCCUACGGUCUCCGAAGCUCGGUCGCCCGUCGACCUCCUCGACGAUGUCCACUCAGUCGGACUCGGAGGACCGAGGCUCCGUCUUCGAGAGUGUCAGUCCCGUCAACAAGACAAGCCAUCCUUUCUAUCUCUCCUCAUCGGUUGACGAAGAUGAUAUCGACCUCAAGUAAAUAUGUGUACAUAGGACGUUAAUAUACUGAGCCAUUAAGCCCCGCCCACUGCGCACGUGGGCAACACUUAUUAACAGGUGCACUUCUCCCACACCGCAUGUUCCAAACGCGCACGUCAUACGCGCGUGCACGCAUGUCGAACAUUAAUAACGACUGUAAUUGGCCCCAAAAAAACUUGGGCGGGGCUUAGUGGAUCGGUAUCUGCAGUGACGUAGUUGAGUCCAGUCACAAGUAAUGAGGCCGUGUCCGAAACGGGCUUCCAGAGCUACGGCUACGUCUAUUGUCAGCGCGUCCCCGCGUAUUUUCAAUGGGCACAGACCUAGACCUAGCUCUAGACAACUGAUUCGGAUGCAGCCUAAGUAAUUACAGGGGAUCACGGAUCCUCUACACGGAUCCUUCCCGUGAGGGGCUGGGGAUGCACAAUUACAAAAGAAUCUUAAAAAAGAAUCUUAAGAGUCACAAUUAAUUUGAAUAGACCUUUAUCAUGCUGCCACCAUUUCAGUCAUGUUCCCUGUAUCCAAUAACAUAACUGAAUGAUAAUGGUUUUUGUGCAAAAAGGAACUAGACUAUCUUUCUUCCAGCGUCGCUUUGGUUACGUUGAUUUGAAUGGGAAAAAAAUCAAGAUGGCCGCAACAGGAUAAUGAUCAAUAACAGUACUGAAUGAUAAUUUUUUUGGUGCAAAAAGGAACCAGACUAUUUUCCUUCCAGCCUCGCUUUGGUUACGUUGAUUUGAAUGGGAAAACAAUCAAGAUGGCCGCAACAUAAUAAUGGUCUAUAACAGUACUGAACGAUUUUUUUGGUGCAAAAAAAGAACCAGACUAUUUUUCCUUCCAGCCUCGCUUUGGUUACAUUGAUUUGAAUGGGCUAAAAAUCAAGAUACCUGCCACAUGAUAAUGGUCUAUAGCGUGUGACUUGACUUGAAUUUGGUGGACUCGUGAUGAACUCUGCUACAAAACUGGCGUAAAUAUGUGCAUAUAGAAAACUAAUUGGAUCCAGAGUUAUUUUUCUAUUUUACAUUUUGUAAAGCAUUCCAAAUCAGAUAUUCUGAGGUUUAUGAAUACAAACUCUUUACAAAAAGAGAGAAAUAUUUACUUUUUUUGUCUUGCCGUUUUCUUCCUUGAAAAACAUCAGUUCAAUUUUUAUUCCUUCGAAAUAUAUUUGUGGUCAAGGUACGUCCUACGCAUAAACAUUAUAAAAAACAUACUGUCGGGAAAGCAAAAGGUCUAAGAUGAAUGACAUAGGCCAUGAGCUGAAUUGUGAAUGACGACAUGGAUAUUUGUUUUCGUGUCCAAAAUGCUUGAAUCAUAGGAAAGUAUGCAUACAUGCCGCUGUCUUAAAAGAAAUAAAGUGGACAUAGAAUUGGGUUUUGUGGUAUUUUAUUUUUGGCAUUUCAAAACAUUAAUGUUUAUUUCUUUAUUUAAUUCUUUCCUAACUCUAUCACCUUACGGAUUUUUGAUUUAUUUGUAAUUUUAAGUAAAACUAUUUUGAUACUACUGAUUUAAGACGCUGAUGACAAAUCACCGUUGUAUAAAAUACAUUUCCAGGGACAGUUUACACACUAAUUAUGAAAAUCGUACGAAUUUGACAUAAAUGACCGACUAAAAAGGUUGUAACGUAAAUGAUUGACCUUUUUCACUUCGUUUCUUGCCAUCGUGUUUUACAAAAUAAGAUUCUAUAUGUAAAUCAUGUGUUUAUUACUAACAUCGAGCGUAACUGUGAUUGUUGAAAUAUUUGAAAAGAAAAAAUUGUAUUAUAAUGAUGGAAAUACUGCUCGUUGUUAAUUAACAUUAUAUUAAUAUUUUGAUUUUUGAUACGAAGUAUAAUGUAAAUUGAUUACCUUUACGUGUUUUGGUGCGUGUGAUUAUGACUGAUAAUUGUCUCUUUGCAGUAAGUUCAAACAAAAACACCUUGGGUUAAGAGCCUUGACACCGAGUCAAUGUACUUAAUGACACCGACAGAGGGCGUGCUCUGGCGCGCCAGAAACUACAUGACGAUACAGACUCUUUAAGAUUUUCAGCAUGGAGUCAGAGAAAAGCUCUAUUGAAACGCCAUUCCAAUUCGAUUUCAAGUUAAGAUGUGUUUUAUUUAGAAAACUUUGCUUUGCCAUGUCUAUUAAAAAUAUGUAUACACAUUCCACUGUGUCAAUCGAUAAGUUUCGACUGAAAUUGGCUUACAUUGAAUGUGUCCGGCCUAACGAAAAGUAGGCUAUAUUGGUUUUUUUCCCUCUAAAAUUACGAAAAACCUGAUUUUUUUUAAUUUGACAGUUGUUUCAAAUAGGCUUCGACUAAAGGCGCAAGGCAAGAAAUGAUUAUGUUGCAAAGGAUUCAGUGCUGGUCGGGAAUUGGUACAACAGUAUUUUUGUAUUUUGGAGUAAGAUAAAAAUGUAAAUUUCGAACCAGCCAACCGAUCCCGCAAGCUCGGUGGUCGAGUGGUAAGACGUCUGCGCAAAGCAGGAGGUCGCUGGUUCGGGUACCACCCGAGUGAUUUUUCCAACUUUCAUUCGGGAGUUGAGUAUACAGUGUUUGUACGUAGGUGAAGGGCAAAAACUAAUAUUGAUUUACAUCACCCCGACGCAAAUUCUAUCUUAUGAAUAUUAGAAGUAAAUUUGUUGGGUAAAGAGUAAAAAUGCUUAUUAUUUUUGGUACCACGGUACAAGCUGUGUGUAGGCCUAUUUGGCUUUUAGGCUGAGUUGUAAGGCAAGUCGAUCGCCAAGUCAAUCGCAAGAAAUCUACUAGUCGAAAGUAGUAGGGGCCCAAAAUGGACCUAACAAAUGAAUGCCUUUGUCGCGGUCAAUUCCAAUAUUGACUUGGGACUGGAUGAAUUGUGAUGACUUGUGAUUGGCUUGUGAUGGCUUAUGAUGACUUGUGACUGACUUAUGAUGACUUGUGACUGACUUAUGAUGACUUGUGAUGACUGAUUACAACUCUGUCUCCAAGCCAGCUGGACAAUCGAAGCAUGAUCUUAAAAGGUGCAGUGAAUCGUCUUAAUGUUUGGUGUAUAAAAUUUCAAUGCUUUGCUCUUUUUCUCCAGAAAGUUUUAUACCUGUGAAAUUUUAUGAACAUGUAUAUCAAAAUACAAAGCACACUGUUGGUGGUUUAUGUCUGUUACAAAGAAUCAUAAUUAUUUAUUCUACCUUGUGGGAAGUGAAAUUGAUUUAUGCCUUUAUCUUUUGCAAUAAAACAUGAAUGCACCUUAAUUUUCAAGAGCA